UGUGCAGCUGUACACCCAGACAGGAAGUAUGACAAAGGGAGGGAUAAUACUUCCUGUCUACCGCUGUGCUCGGGGUUCCACUUCCCUGGAGUCCUUUCAUAACCACCUCAACCGCUUCAUACCCGGAACAAGCGCUAACCUGGAAAAUUUCCAGGCUUAUCUGCUUGAGGGUUUGGAGCGGUGGAACGAGGACCGCGCUGCGGCUGCUGCUGCUACCGUCACGGACGAGGCCCCGUCGUCCCUGCGCUGCUACAGUGCCUCGCUCCAGCACAGCCUCAGUGAGCUCAGUCAGCGUCUUCUUGGCUGUAGUCUUGUACAAGACUAUUCAAAGCCAGGACAGUACACGGGUGAGCUCAUCGGGGUGGAGUACCUGUGCUCGCAGCAGUCCUGGGAGUUCAGGGAGAACUUUGGGCGGGACCCAGAUGCUCCGGACAGAAUCCCAGGCGACUUGGGGGAGGCAGAGGAUGAGGGAUUUGGGGAUGAGGCAGUGGAGCAGGACCACACCAUCUCCCCUCUUUCCUUAGUGUCCACCCAGGAAGCUGUACGCUCGUCUCGGGAUUCAGCAUCGCCCUCUCAGUCCUCCCAGGACCUGCCACCUGAGUCCCAGGCAGAUGUGUGCAGAGGACCAGACGGGACACCAGGUUUUGAUAGAGUGGUGGACCUGGCCAGUUACCUCGUCGAGCUGAGAGAAAAGCCUUGUGUCUCAGAUAGGGAAGCCAAUGACAUUGUUCGGCUGUGGGACAGACUGCCGGACAGUGACAAAAAACGUGUUUCCUAUCCGCCGAGACACAAGGACAGACUCUUACAAGGCAGGUUCAAGGCCACCCACUCCAAAACCUCAACCUGCCAUGGAAAGGAGAGCCUGAAGCGGUGUGUGCUGGGGCAGGGGUCGGGUCCUGCCCAGUGGCCCAAUAUUAGUCGAAUUGUAGAGGCAGUAUGUCUGGAGCUCUGCUCCAUUCAUCCAGCGGGGAAGGUGAAGUGGGGUGUUUCACUGAACCGCUGGGCUGCCGUUCUGCACGACUACCAGGCCAUACGGAGGCUGGUGGGGGAACUGCCCAGCUCUGAGGGGACGGGCAAAUAUUCAGCUGUUCGAAGUCAAUCAGCGGACGCUUUCUGUCUGGUACAACAACUACAGGAAGAAGCUGGAAGCAGACGUGCUGGCUCUGAGUGUGCCCUUGCCUCAGAUAAGCAUGGUGUCUCACACCCUUCUUCCUGUAGCCAAGCAGAAGGUGUCAGUGCCCUCGGCAGCUCAAUCAGCACUUCCACCUUUCCCCUUUGUUGUAAACCCUGACCUGUCAGGUCAGGCCGUACGGCGAGGGCAGCGCCAUCCUCCCCCCACAUCAGCAACCGCACUCUCCGCUCCACCGUCAGCAUCCCUUUCUGCUCCACCGUCAGCAUCCGUAUCUG